UAUAAAUACCCCCAUCGUGUCCGUCUUCAUCGACAACCAUCCUCAGUUCCAAUCCUCAAAAAAAAAAAACCAGAACUUCAAACAACAAAUCCUCCACUUCUUCUCUUCCUACAAGCAAAAUGCAGCUCUCCACCAUUCUCACCUUCACCGUCGCCCUCCUGGCUGGCCACGCCCUCGCCAGCCCCGAGCUCCAGAAGCGCACCACCUGCCAGGCCUGCAGCGUCGCCGGCGUUGAGGGUGGCGCUGCCUGCUGCUCUGCCCACGUAUGUUUUCACCGCCACGAGCACGUUGAUGGACGUAUACUGACUGAUGUGAAUAGUGCAUUUCCCAGGGUAACAUCCACGGUGGUCACUGCGAUAGCGAGGAUUACUGCAUCUGCAACUAGAUGCCUGAUUGGUAAAUUGAUGAAUAGGCAACCCGGAGGUGGAUCUUGAAUGGUGGAUGUCUAUUGCUAUGUUGGAAUUUGUAUCUACUAUGGAAUGAUACAUUUACACAGGUCUUUGUCCAGACUUGACAGCGUAGUUGCGGUAAUUAGAAGAAAACUUUCAAUAGGC